AUAAUAUCUCGCUCCCCCAUACUUUCUUUUCCCCUCAUCCUCUUCUUUUAAUCCACCGCCCUCCCAUCCUCCACACAAACAAUUCCACUGUCCGUACUGUGCGUGGUGAAGCUCGUUUGCGGCCGGAGUUGCGUGCGUAACUGAGACCGACCAGAAACUUCACCUUCGAGCUUCCGGUCUCUCCCUCGCCACCUUCUCCCCCCCUUCGCUAUUCCUUGAGCCCUAUACCGCCAAAAGGAAGAUGCCUUCCCACCAACCCGUGGCCGGCAUGUCUGCCGUUGACCCCCAGUACACUUCGCAGCCCUCGGCCAUGGCCCAAACCGCUGAGCCAAACCGCAACCCCAAGUACGACUCGAAGAAGCCACACAUCACAGAUACUCCCAUCACACGAUCGAACUGGUACAAGCAUGUCAACUGGCUCAAUUGCUUCCUUAUCCUUGGAAUCCCGUUGAUGGGUUGCGUUUAUGCGUUCUGGACUCCUCUGCGUCUUCCUACCGCCAUCUGGGCUGUUAUUUUCUAUUUCUGGACUGGCUUAGGUAUUACUGCGGGCUACCACAGGCUCUGGGCCCACAAGUCAUACUCUGCACGUCUCCCGUUGAGGCUGUUUCUCGCUCUUGUCGGCGGAGGAGCGGUCGAGGGCAGCAUUCGAUGGUGGUCAAGGGACCACCGUGCUCACCACCGCUACACCGACACCAACAAGGACCCAUACAGUGUGCGAAAGGGCCUUUUGUAUAGCCACAUCGGCUGGAUGGUUAUGAAGCAGAACCCCAAGCGAAUUGGCCGCACCGACAUCUCCGACUUGAACGAAGACUCUAUCGUUGUCUGGCAGCACAAGAACUACUUGAAGGUCGUGUUCUUCAUGGGCCUGAUCUUCCCCACGGUAGUUGCCGGACUCGGAUGGGGAGACUGGAUGGGUGGCUUUAUCUACGCUGGCAUUCUCCGUAUCUUCUUUGUCCAGCAGGCCACAUUUUGCGUCAACUCUCUUGCCCAUUGGAUCGGCGAGCAGCCUUUCGAUGACCGUAAUAGCCCCCGUGACCACGUCAUCACUGCUAUUGUCACGCUCGGCGAAGGAUACCACAACUUCCACCACGAGUUCCCCUCUGACUACAGAAAUGCUAUUCAAUGGCACCAGUACGACCCCACUAAGUGGUGCAUUUGGAUCUGGAGCAAGCUUGGACUUGCCUACAACCUCAAGCAAUUCCGCUCAAACGAGAUCGAGAAGGGCCGCGUUCAGCAGCUACAGAAGAAGCUUGACCAGAAGCGCGCUAAGCUUGAUUGGGGUAUUCCUCUUGACCAGCUUCCCGUUAUCGAGUGGGAGGACUACGUCGAGCAAGCCAACAACGGCCGUGGCCUAAUCGCAGUCGCUGGUGUUGUCCACGAUGUUACCGAUUUCAUCAACGAGCACCCUGGCGGCAAAGCUAUGAUCAAGAGCGGCCUUGGCAAAGAUGCUACUGCCAUGUUCAAUGGUGGUGUAUACAUGCAUUCAAACGCUGCUCACAACCUUCUUUCAACCAUGAGGGUAGGUGUAAUCCGAGGUGGCUGUGAAGUUGAGAUCUGGAAGCGCGCUCAGCGGGAGAACAAGGACGUACAUUAUGUCAAGGACGAUGCGGGUAACCGCAUCAUUCGGGCAGGAAACCAGAUCACCAGGGUAGAGCAACCCAUUGUCAGCGCUAGCGCGGCAUAAACGACGUCCUUGUAUUUCUUUAAAUGAGUCUGUUACGGGGCGAUUUUCGGAGUUGAGCUUACUAUCACCUGGGUGGAGCCAUAGUGUUCCUUCACGCAUUCAUUCUGAGGGCACACUGGAUCCCUACAGUACGACUUAUACCGAGUAUGAAGGUGCUACAAAGGCUCAGGCCUCAAAAUAAUCACGUACAGACAUGCCUCAGCGCAUAAAAUGAUGAAUGAUAUCCAAUGUUGAAUGCUCAAAGGUGGUUCGUGCGCAUCAUGAAUGAAUCAUCCCGUAAAUUGAAUUUAGGCUUGAUCUACAUGAAUUCAAUGGGCCCCCGUCCUAGAUCACACUAGAAAUGUGUUCGAAG